AUGAGCACAAGCGAAAACCGGGAACGAGCGCAGCGUCUGAAGCUUCCGAAUGCCGUAGUGGGACGUAUUGUAAAAAAUGCGCUUCCCGAUAAUGCAAAAAUGUCAUCAGAGGCACGUUGUGUCGUUUCCCGAGCUGCCUCUGUUUUCGUCCUCAACAUGGCCACUUUUGCUACUGAUCAUGCACAGGGCAAAAAGCGGAAGAUGGUCACCGGCGAAGAUGUUAUUGCGGCGUUGAAAGGCCUGGAAUGCGAACGUCUGGAGAAAAAGCUAACUGCCAUGGUCGAAUCGUGGAAGUCGAAGAAGGCUGACAAGGCCGCCGAGCAAGCCAAGAAGAGAGCCGACAAGAAAGCUGCUGCUGUUAGCGAAGCCAUUAACGAUGUUUCCGCGAUCCCGGAAACUGAAGCAGCGGACGAGGAGCCGACUGCUGCUUCACGGGACGAGCUUGAUAAAUCGAAGGAUGAUGCGCAAGAUACCGAAGAACCCGAUCGGCCAUCUUCAGCCGCUGGACCAGAAGACGACCUACCCGAAACUGCUCCCCUUUCA